AUGGACCAAGGUCAGAGAUCAAAUCAGGGUAACAUGUCUCAACAAUCAUCUCCUCAGACGAGUAACACGCCGAUGAAUCUCUCGACGCCAACACUAUCUGCUGCGACUCCUGUUUCAACGAGUCCGCAGCCUCAGCAAGGACAAGGACAGUUCCCGCAUAUUACACGUCAACAAGCACAACAAUUGCUUAUACAGUUUAAUAUAGAGAAGGAAGGUGCGCAUAGUGCUGGAACACAAAGCCCCGAAGGUAGGGAGCACGUGAGAAAGGCUGAGAGGAUCAAGGCCAUUCUUAUUAGUUAUAAUAGAAGACAGAAGAUGCUUGCGGCCCAAAGGCAGCAACAACGAGACGCAGCAGCAGCAGGAACAACUGCUGUUACGGGAGGAAUGCCACCUCAAUCAAUGGGUACUGCACAGCCUCUGCAGGGGGAUACCCAACUCAACCGAAUAGCCUCACAGAACCAGAUUCAUCCGGUUGGCAGCCAGGUUGGAUCAACCAUGCGUUCACCAAUGGUUCAGAUGCAGGGUUCUAGCGACAAUCUAUUUCAGAACAGUCAGGGAAGCCAGCAGGGUCAUCCAGAUAUUUCAUCAAUGACCCUUGUUCAACAGAUGCUGAUUCAGAAGCAACAACAGCUGGCCAAGUAUCGGCAAGUAAUGAAGCUGGCGGAACAGUUCAGAAAUCAGUUACGGGCUAUUGAAAGCAAGAAGAGCGAACCUAACAUAGCACCAAAUGUAAUGGGCCAGCUUGAUCAGAAAGAGCACGAGAUAAAGACGCGGAUGGAUCAGUGCAGACACUAUUCCCAGCAGAUUUCCAGCCGACUUCGGCUUCUGCAACAGAAAAUCCAACAACAGCAAUCACAACAGCCUCAACAGUCUCAACAGCAAUCGCAGUCUCAGCCUUCGAACUCUUCUCCUCAAUCACAACAGCAGUCUUCUUCUCAACAGUUCCAAUCUCAACUGACUCCUCAGCAGAAACUGGCUUUGCAGCAACAAGUACUUUUCCAAAGAAAACGCCAGCAGCAGCAGCAACAACAACAACAACAACAGCAGCAGCAACAGCAACAGCAACAGCAACAGCAACAGCAGCAGCAGCAGCAACAACAACAACAACUGCAACAACAGCAGCAGCAGCAGCAGGCAAUACAAUCAAAUGCACAGUCGCAAAGUCCUGUUCAAAAUUCCACUGGUGGGCAGACACCUAUUGGGACUCCAUCGUCAGUUCAAACUCCUGGCUCCACUCUUUCUUCAGCUGCCUCAAAGAUGGCAAAAUUCAAGACACAGAGAAAAAAUCAGAUAAAAAAAUCACAAGGAAGCAAAACGAAGAUGGAUAAAACACCAAGUAUCCUUGAUCAGAAGCAAAACGACACCCAGUCUGCCAAUACUACCAGCACAACUAUCACUAACGUAAAUGCGGCAGCAUCAAAGCCUAUCACUACUCCUGCCGCCAGUACUGGCAUGACUGCAUCGCCAUCAGGUAGUUAUAGUACGAGACCGAGAUUCCAGAACAUUUCCAUUCCUGAAGAAUUGAAAGUGCCAACACCGGAACCUGCAUCGGUUAAGCUGAACAACCGUCCUUCUCUUAUCGGUGGAAAUGCUAUCGAUGCUCCUGCAUUGACCAAUCCAACCAUUGUGAGACCGCAACAUUUUGAUAUAGAAGGUGAAAGAGUAUUGAACAAGCGAAAACUUCGGGAAUUGGUUCGGUACGUGGCCUCAGAAGAAGGUGAUACAGAGGUGACAAUCGACGGAGAUGUUGAAGACUUACUUCUUGAUCUGGCGGACGAGUUCGUCACCUCCGUGACUUCCUUCGCUUGCAGAUUAGCAAAACAUAGAAAAUCAGACACGCUGGAUGUCCGAGAUGUGCAGUUGCACCUGGAAAGAAACUGGAAUAUCCGGAUACCUGGCUACGCUGCCGAUGAGAUUCGUUCUACUAGGAAGUUCGUGUCAAAUUCCGCUCACCACUCGAAAGUGAAUGGGCUCUCGAUCAACAAGAGUGUGAAUCGGGGUAAAUGA